GCCACAUCUUGAUCCCUUCUCGAAGGAAAGAGAUGAGGGAAAAUCAAAUCGAGGAGGAGGGAGAGAUCUCAUCUCUUUUGCUUACUUUUGAAACAAGGACCAAACUUAAAAUACUCAUGCAAGGCGAUCACGUAAUACCAACUCCCUUCGACUUUAUCUUUUACUUCAAGUACGUCCUCUGAAUUCCUCUGCAUUUUUUAAGGCUGUCGUUGGAGGCUACUGUCGACUGGUAUGGUGAAUGCAUUCUCCGCCCAAACGACGUCGACCUUCACUUGCUUCGUACGUAUCCCUCUCGGGCGAUGAUUCUCACUCAACCCAUUAUUCGUAUUCCACUUGCCCAUCAAAAAGCGGGACAUUGGAGCUUUUUACAGAGACAAUCCCCCCUGCACUGAUGCUUCAGUUCUCUCUUCAUCGGAUGCUCUGUGACGUCGACCCAAUCGCUCUUCCUCGGUUCCCCGGUUCCUCUCUUAUAACGGAGCUUCCUCUCUUUCUCUCUCCCGAACGGCAUUCUGUUUCGUGUAACAUGAACUUUGAAACCCGGAACUAGAUCAUCUUGAGAGGGAGCCGUCAUGCCGUUCGGUUUGGUCUCAACCUGGAACAAGCGCCGGAGAAGCAAAUCCCUGGAACAGGCAGACCCCUGGACUUAUAAGCCGGUGAAGCUCUGGCAACUCGAAGAUCAAUCUCUACAAACCUCAAAGAGGCGCAAUGGCUCGUCCGUAUUCACUCUUAAAGAAAUGGAAGAAGCGACAUCGUCUUUUGACGAUGCCAAGUUGGUAGGGAAAGGAGGGUUUGGUAGAGUUUACAAGGGGAAUCUCAGGUCAGGACAGGCAGUUGCCAUCAAGAAAAUGGAGCUGCCACCAUUUAAAGAAGCUGAUGGAGAACAGGAGUUCCGGGUUGAAGUUGAUAUCUUGAGCCGCCUCGAUCACCCCAACCUGGUGUCGUUAAUCGGCUAUUGUGCCGAUGGGAAGCAGAGGUUCUUGGUGUAUGAAUAUCUGCCAAAUGGGAACCUGCAAGAUCAUUUGAAUGGAAUUGGGGAUUCAAAGAUGGAUUGGCCUUCAAGGCUCAGAGUAGCAAUAGGAGCAGCAAAGGGGCUAGCCUAUCUCCAUUCAGGUACAGCUGUGGGAAUCCCAAUUAUCCACAGAGAUUUCAAAUCCACCAACGUACUUCUAACGGCUGAUUUCGAGGCAAAGAUAUCCGAUUUUGGACUCGCCAAGCUAAUGCCCAAGGGCCAGGAAAUGUGUGAGACUGCCAGAAUGCUUGGUACUUUCGGCUAUUUCGAUCCUGAGUAUACAUCGACAGGAAAACUCACUCUGCAAAGCGAUGUGUACGCAUUUGGUGUGGUGCUCCUUGAGCUCUUGACAGGACGAAGAGCAGUGGACUUAAAUCAGGGUCCAAAUGACCAGAAUCUAGUACUUCAGGUAAGGAAUUUACUGAACAGCCGGAAAAAAUUGCGCAAAAUUAUGGAUCCAGACCUCACUCAAAAUUCAUACACGCUGGAAUCCAUAGCCAUGUAUGCUAACCUAGCAUCACGCUGUGUUCGACCUGAGAGUAGCGAGAGACCCUCCAUGGGGGAAUGUGUAAAGGAACUUCACCUAAUAUCCUUCAUUAACUCGAAAGGUUUGGGACUUGCUGUGAACAAACGCAUUUGAUCUAAGAUAUGAGAUGUCUCACAAGAAGAAAAAUGAUAUCAAAAUGUCUCCAUGAAGGAAUAUGGCCUCUUUUGAUAGAAGAAUACUUUCUGGGCCUUCAUGUACCUAAUCUUCUUAAAAGUGUGUUUUGUAACCUCUGUGAAGAGACAGAGACAAACCAUGUGCAAUGCACAAGGUAAUCAAGAGAAAUUUAAGGAGAUUUUGGGGAACAUCACAAUGCACUUAAGAAGCAUUUUGAAUUAUGGCCUCUAGGCCAGGUAAUAACAUUCAUGUGUUUAUUUCUUUCCUACUGCCAGCUUCAAGUUGAA